AUUGAACCGACGUUGUUUUAGAAGGACUUAUUUGAGCGCUGCACCCAUCAUGGAGGAGAGAGGAGUUUUUGAUCAGUUUUAAUCUCAAGCCACUUUUGACCUUCAAAGGAAGAUGAUUUGUCUGCGAUGGCAUUCGUGGCUUCGGACAAGGGCUCCAUUCUGUGUUUCUUCUCACCAGAAAGUUCACAAAUUGGCCUCACUGCAAGAAGCCAGAACUCUACCCUCAAAUAAAGUCAAAAGCUUGCUUUACCCCUUUUCUGACAUUGACGCCUACAUGGACAGUUCUGUGGAUAGAACACAGUUCCAGCUUUUCCAUCCCUCUGUCGAGGACAUUCUAAAAGCUGAGAAGCUUUUCUGUUCUUCACCAUCUCAUAAGAUUGAUUACUAUAUGUCAGCUGAGAGGAUGGACCACACGCCUACGCUCAGACAACCAGAGGUAUGUUUUAUCGGGCGAAGUAAUGUGGGAAAGUCAUCGCUUAUCAAAGCACUCUUCUCCUUGAGUCCUAAUGUGGAAGUCAGAAUCUCCAAAACCCCUGGUCACACCAAAAAGAUGAACUUCUUCCGAGUGGGCAAGGUUUUCACCCUCGUGGACAUGCCAGGUUAUGGACACAAAGCGCCCAGAGAUUUUGUGGAUAUGGUGGAACCAUAUCUCCACUCAAGGAAAAAUCUUGUCAGGACAUUCUUGUUGGUCGACGGCAGUGUUGGUCUGCAGAGGAUUGAUCGGAUCGCCCUUGAAAUGUGUGAGGAGACACAAUGUCCAUAUGUGAUGGUGGUGACCAAGAUUGAUAAAUGUGGUCGUGGCCGAUUGCUGACAAACCUACUGAAUUUCCAAGAUGUCAUUAAAACAGAGACAACAAGCUGCUUUCCCCAACCAUUUCUGGUCAGCUCUCUUCAGUUUUCGGGGAUCUACCUUCUGAGGUGCUUCAUUGCUCAUGUGACGGGACAAAUCCAAAUUACGGACACCUCUCCAGAGUGACGAGGUAUUAGCUGUGUUUGAAAGAGUGAGGCUCAGUCUUGGUGAAGGUACUUUCAAGUUAUUCUCUCUCCAAAGACGUAUUUUUAAAAAUGCACAGUUGAAGAUUGAAGAUAUGUUCACAUUUGUAAUGUGUUUUUGUGAUUGGCUGGCAACCAGUCCAGGGUGUACCCUGCCUCUUGCCUGAAGACAGCUGGGAUAGGCUCCAGCAUGCCCCAACCCUAGUGAGGGUAAGCUGUAUAAAAAUGGAUGGAUAUAUGAAAUCCGACUGAAGAAUCCAAGUCAAACAUCACAUUUAAAAGAAUGUUUGAAGCUAGUAUGUUGAGGAAAUAUGUUUGAUUGUCAUACCGUGGUUGUUUUUGUUGCGGGAAAUGACAUUGGCUAAUUUGUAACUGUGGCAACUAAGGAGUUGUGGCCGGCUGCUAUAUGUAUAUUUUUGUUUGUGUUUUUUUUAUUGUUUUCUUUGAGGCUGGAUUCUGGGGAUGAAAAGGACAAAGACAAUAAGACAUCUUUCAGCUCCCUUUCAUUCUGGAUUAGAAAGUUUUUGCAUUUAUGUGAUACUGUUUUUUUUAUUCUUUUUGAAUUAAAUAACUUUUAAAUAAAAAAGAAGU